AUGGCAAACCCCGUACCGGCUAUUCCUCCUGCUCAGUUGCCUACUGCGUUUACUUUCGAACCAUUCAAUCCUUCUACUAGUAAAUUCGACCGUUGGCUACAACGUUUAGAAGUUUCGUUCCGGAUCUACCGAAUAGACCAAGAGGAUAAGCGGGACUAUCUCUUGCAUUACAUGGGGAGUGCAACAUACGACGUGCUGUGCAACAAACUUAAAGCGGAGUCCCCGGAGACGAAAACUUUCGAUGAGAUUGUUGCGUUACUUAAGGCGCAUUAUAGUCCAGCACCGCUGGAGAUUUUGGAAAACUUCAAGUUCAAUAGUCGGAAGCAACUCGACUACGAGUCAUUGUGCGAUUACGUUACGGAUUUGGAAAAGCUAGCUCAAAGCUGCAAUUUCGGUGAGCAUUUCGACAACGCAAUUCGCAACCAGUUUGUCUUCGGCAUACGGAACCGUACUGUACAGUCUCGAUUGCUAGAAAUCCGGGAUCUUACUCUAGCAAAGGCUAAGGAAAUCGCUUUCGGUAUGGAAAUGUCUCACAAGGGAGCAGAUGAAAUGCAUGGUUCCAGUUCAAGAGCAGACAUUCAACAUAUCGAGCACACCAAGACGAAGAAGAAGCAGUUGGUGCCAUCAUCACAAACUGUCAAAAUGAAGUACAGGCUUGCACCGGAUGGCAAACCGAAACUGUGUUUUCGAUGCGGCGAAGCAGAUCAUCUUGCGAACAAGUGCAAACAUCAAUCAACUUCUGUAAAACCAAGGGCCACUUGGAAAAAGUGUGCCAGAAGAAGAUGA